UGCCUGUGACUGUUAGAGGAGACAGAGGAGAAAACUGCUCUGGGCGUAAAUAAAUCCAAAAAGGAGAGGCAGUGGUGGGACAGCCAGCCCUGGUUACCCCUCUCUCUCUCUUUCGUUCUCUCACUCUCCAAAGCCUCCAGAUUCACAUUGACCGCACGUUGGUCUCUGCGGUCAGUUUUUGCCUGCUGGCUUGAAGUUCCUGCGCUGUGGAUUUUCACACUGCUGCAGGAGCAAUGUGAGCUUCUCUGGUCUCUCUGUGUGAAACUGAUCCCCAUCACCUUUAUCACCUGUUCACCCUCAGGUUCUGGGGUUCCAACUCUCUUCUGGGGACCUCGGGGGUCUUUUUCUUUUUUUUUUUCUGCUGAGGGGACUGCGCCCCCCGAACCCCCCGCCUGGCCGGGACCAUGGACUACCUCGUACGGAUUGUACUGCUGCUCUGUUGGGCGUCCCUGCCCCUGGGUGUGGGGUCUCAACAGCCAAAACGCAACGUCCCACGCCUCAAGCUCUCCUACAAGGAGAUGUUGGAGUCCAACAAUUUAAUUACCUUUAAUGGCCUGGCGAACAGCUCCAGCUAUCACACCUUCCUGCUGGACGAGGAGAAGGGCAGGCUGCUGGUGGGAGCCAAAGACCACAUUUUCUCCUUCAAUCUGGUCAACAUCAACAAGGACUACCUGACGAUUGCGUGGCCUGCGACUCCUUCAAGGCGAGACGAAUGCAAGUGGGCAGGGAAGGACAUCCUGAAAGAAUGCUCCAAUUUCAUCAAAGUGCUUCAGACGUUUAACCAAACCCACCUGUAUGCAUGUGGCACAGGAGCGUUUCAUCCGAUCUGUGCUUACCUGGAGGUUGGCAAACGCCCUGAGGACAACAUCUUCAGACUAGAGACGUCGCAUUUCGAGAAUGGCCGAGGAAAGAGUCCCUACGACCCAAAGCUGCUGACUGCUUCUCUUCUAAUUGAUGGGGAGCUGUACUCCGGGACGUCUGCGGACUUCAUGGGGAGGGACUUCGCCAUCUUCCGCACGUUGGGCCAGCAUCAUCCAAUCAGGACGGAGCAACACGAUUCAAGAUGGUUAAACGACCCCAGGUUUGUAAGCGUUCACCUGAUCCCUGAGAGCGACAACCCGGAGGAUGACAAGAUCUAUCUGUUCUUCCGGGAGAACGCCAUGGAUGGCGAGCACACAGGGAAGGCUACGCAUGCCCGGAUCGGACAGCUCUGUAAGAAUGACUUCGGGGGCCACAGGAGUCUUGUGAAUAAGUGGACGACCUUCCUGAAGGCGCGGCUGAUCUGCUCGGUGCCUGGCGUCAACGGCAUCGACACACAUUUCGACGAGCUGCAGGACGUCUUUCUGAUGAGCUCAAAGGAUCCCAAGAACCCAGUCAUAUAUGCCGUGUUCACAACAUCCAGUAACAUCUUCAAGGGUUCGGCGGUCUGCAUGUACAGCAUGGCGGACGUGAGGAGGGUGUUUCUGGGCCCCUACGCCCACCGGGACGGGCCCAACUACCAGUGGGUGCCCUUUCAGGGGAGGGUGCCCUACCCCCGGCCCGGGACGUGCCCAAGCAAAACCUUCGGCGGAUUUGACUCCACAAAGGAUCUCCCUGAUGACGUCAUUACUUUUGCAAGAGGCCACCCUGCCAUGUACAAUCCCGUCCACCCAAUCAACAACCGGCCAAUCAUCAUCAAGACCGAUGUGGACUACCAGUUCACCCAGAUAGUGGUGGACAGGGUGGAGGCUGAGGACGGCCAAUAUGACGUCAUGUUUAUCGGAACAGACAUCGGGACUGUUCUGAAGGUGGUGUCCAUCCCCAGAGAGACCUGGCAUGACCUGGAGGAAGUACUGCUGGAGGAGAUGACUGUGUUCCGGGAACCGACCGCCAUUACAGCGAUGGACCUCUCCACUAAGCAGCAACAGCUCUACCUCGGCUCGGCGAUUGGAGUUUCCCAGAUGCCUUUGCACCGGUGUGAGGUGUACGGCAAGGCGUGCGCCGAGUGCUGUCUGGCGAGGGACCCCUACUGCGCCUGGGACGGCACCGAGUGCUCCCGCUACUUCCCCACCGCCAAGAGGCGAACGAGACGCCAGGACAUCAGGAACGGGGAUCCUCUGACCCAGUGCUCCGACCUGCAGCAUCAUGAUGAUAUGAACGGUCAAGGCACUGUGGAGAGCAAGAUCAUCUACGGCGUGGAGAACAGCAGCACCUUUCUGGAGUGCAGCCCCAAGUCCCAGCGGGCUCUCAUCUACUGGCAUUUUCAGAAGCAGAACGAGGAGCGCAAGCACGAGAUCAAGUCGGAGGACAGGUUCAUAAGGACAGAGCAGGGCCUGCUCCUCCGCAGCCUGCACAGGAAGGACUCCGGGAUCUACUACUGCCGCGCGGUGGAGCACGGCUUCAUCCAGACCCUGCUCAAGGUCACCCUGGAGGUCAUCGACGCCGAGCACCUGGAGGAGCUGCUGCACAAGAGCGAGGAGGCGGGCGGCGAGGGCGGCGCCCGGGCGAGGGAGACGCCCGGCCACCCAGCCAGCCAGAAGGUGUGGUACAGGGACUUUAUGUCCCUCAUCAACCACCCCAACCUGAACAGCAUGGACGAGUUCUGCGAGCAGGUGUGGAAGCGGGAGCGCAAGGCGCGGCGGCAGAAAGCGCAGAACGCCCAGGCGCACGCCAACAAGUGGAAGCACCUUCAGGAGAACAAGAAGGGCAGGAACAGGAGGACCCACGAGCUGGAGAGGGCGCCACGGAGCGUCUGACACUCCUCCCUCCAAAAACAAAAAUAAUAAAAGACUUCUUCAGAGUAGACUUUAAAAAAAAAAAGAAACUCAAACUGGAAAACAAAUGCAAUACGCUCCUGAUCCAAGCCGUUGCAUUGGUGAAGAUGUUUACAAUGGUAUGACGGAGAGGACUGAUUUCACCGUUAUGUGUUCCCAUUCAAACCCUGUUGACCGAUGUCCAACCGAGGGAUGACGGAAGCCAAUACUUGGACAAGACUUCCUGUAAAUAGUCCACAACCAGAACUAUGUUUGACAUUGAUUUGGGGUUUUAGCUUAGUUUUGUUCAUGGUUCAGUUGUUUUGAGUACCUUUUUUUUGAGGUAGGUGUACCCCUGUCAAACCGCCAUCAUCUGCGGAGAGGACAAUAAGAUUUGUUACAGCUACAUAAAGAACUGUUUCUUUGAAUACUGACAGAGAGUGAUUUGGGGGUUAAAGUCACAAUGGGAGUUUAUUUUGUACAACUGAUCAGCCAAUCACAGUGGGUGUUCAUUUUAUCCAACUGACCAGCCAAUCACAGUGGGAGUUCAUUUUAUUCAAGUGAGCAGCCACCCAGUACCAUUCAAGUCAACACUUUCACUUUCUACCCAGCCAGCAUGACGGGGCCCUGAUUCUAAAUACUGUAUAUAGAGGAUUUCUGAAUGGGCCCCAAAAGACGUGGAUAAAUAAUUCAAACCGUAAAAGUGGCACAUCCUUACCAGUAAUAUUCUUUGAUAUUAUUAUUUAUAAUACACUAAGAUAUUACAGUCUUCAAAUACAACAUUAUGACAUCCUCAUUUAUCACCUAUCAAUGCUUUUCCUUUUUGACAGUGUCCCUGUGUUAAUUUUCUGAAUAAGCUGUUCCUUGUUAUACU